AUGGCUAACAAAUACUAUAAAAGCAAGCAAAAUCGCGAGCGUGGCCAGUUGUGCAAUUUGAGGCAGCAGAAUCCAGAUGAGGCUUUACGACACUCGCUGGGGCCACAAGGGGACAUCCAUGGGAAGGAGCCGGACGACAAACCAGUUGAGGUGGUACCAGCACACGAGCGAAGCGCGGCGCUGCUUAGAAAAUCAUCAUUGGAGAAGAGGAAGACCGCCCAGGAGAGUAAUAGCUAUUGUGCAGCAUACCAUCACUAG